AUGGAAAGCAUAGCGCAGCGGGAAGAUUCAUCGGUAGAUGUGGUUACCUUGGAAACUCCGAAUUUUACAUCAUUGAUUGGUACUAAUUCAGCUACAUUACCACCGGAUUUUCCAACAACAGCUGAACUGAUGCAGAAAUGUCUCACAGUCAAUCCAUUCGAAUUGAAAUUUCGUGAAGCGAAUCGACGUAUCAGUCAGUGCAGUGAAGAACUUCUUGAACAGAGUGGACUUGUUCCGGUGACGCUUUCAUUACCAACGACUGGUGGCAUAACCUUGCUGAAAUUGCCAUCAUCUUUAGCCCAUUCUCCUGGCAUCUUCUCAAAUAUCAACGUUCUUUCAGCGGAUUUCGAAGGUGAUGGGUUAAAAAGUGCCGACUUAUCGCGUCUAGUGCAACAGAUGAAAGAUAAUGGCGGUUUAUCGACGCAGAAUUCACGAACUGGUGAAGACACUGGACAAGCACCCCGGACCGCCGAUGUACUUAAUGCUGUUCUUGAUAUGCAUUCUGAUAGGUUGGGAACGCUUAGUUUUCUUGGCACAACUGGCACUGCCACACCGCCUUUGAAAGGACCACUGGGAUCAAUCCUACCGACAUCCUCAUCUGUAGCUCUCUGUUCUGAUUCGUCCGUAGUAGCGCCAUCAACAUCGUGUACUGUAAAUGUUGGUGGCCCUGAAUGUACAUCAACUUUGCUAUCAUGUUCGCCGUGCUCUUCAGAAUCAGCUUCUGCUUCUUUAACACCGCUAAUUUCUGCUAUAAAUAGCCCCGUUGUCAACGCAUCAGGGAACAUUUCAAGACCCGGAAGUUCUGCAUCAGCCCAAAUGCCUAAAAAGAGAUUAUCAAUACGGGCAGCAGCAGCGGUAGCUGCACCAACAAGUGUUGCGCCAGUGGUGUCACCCUUUCUAGGUGCUGUUGGAUCACUUUUGCCGGCAACAAACGUUGAAGAACGGAGUGAUGUGUCGCAAAUUUCAAAUGCUCAGUUAUCACCAACUGAUCAUUGGGACCCUCGUGAUGUGAAACCGAUCAUUGUUAGAAAAAAUCCACCGUCGUCAUUACAAACAAAUCCGCAAUAUUUUGAUCACGAGGAAGUUAUUUAUCAGCAGGACGAACAGCGUAAGCAUGCGGAAACACUGGCAUCAGUACCAAGAAGCAGAGAAGGCGGUGUAUCUCGUUCGGCAGCUACUUCAACAUCAUCACAUCGCGGUGGGCGAGGACGGGGUCGUAGUUCUCUAACUGCCGAUUUACCACCCGAUGAGCGUCGUGUUACAAUUCUGGAAAGGAAUAAAGCAGCUGCUGUGCGAUAUCGAAAACGAAAAAAGGAAGAACAUGAUGAGAUGAUUACACGUGUUCAUUUAUUAGAACAAGAAAAAGUGGCGCUCUCCACUCAGAAUCAAGUGCUGCGUCGCGAACUGGAAAGAGUUACAGCCUUGCUAAAAACGCGUGAAGCAUGCUGUGUUUGCCACUUGAGUGGUGUGGGGGAAUGUUUGCGGAAUGAAUCACCGCUGGAAGUAGACGUCCUUUCUCCUCAAACUCAAUCGCAUCAUGAUCUCUCCAAUUAUAUAUCACAGCAAUUGGUUUCAUCAGUCAGUCCUAACAAGAAGCCAUCAAAAUGA